CUAAAUUUGCUGUGGUCGAAUACCCAGUGCGCCGCGCUGUCGUUGACCCAAUGAAGGCGUAUUACUUCCGGAUAAAAACCGCAAAGCAUUAUGGAACUUGCAGUACUUUUUUGUGGGGGUUGCUAAGGAGAUUCGAUGUCAACAAGCUACACCCACUCGCCCUCAUUGAGUGUCAGACGGACAAAAUAGAGGCCAGCUUGUCAGACAUGAGUCAGUUCUUGGGCCGUCAGGACUGUAUCGAAAGCCUCCGAAAAGACCUGGUGGACCUUCAAGGUGCCAUUCUGGACGUCUUCUCUAGAACCGGACCAGUCCGCUUUCCCUCCUGGAAGUUCCCUGAUAAACUCUCGUGUGAUCUGGACAUGGUAGCUCUGCUGGAGCAAUAUGACUUUGUGGAUGGGGAGGAUGCUUUCAAUCAACACUCCCAUAUUGUCUUACUGGAGCUCGUGAUUGACAGACUACUGCUUCUUCUGCAAAGCUUCAAUUCAUAUGUUGACCAACUGAGGUGGAGCCACAGGAGAGAGCAGCAGAAAGGAUGCCUGUCAGUUGGUCUUGUAGUCAGAAACUACUGGAGCAAUUUAGUUCAAUUUGCCAGCCUUAAGGGGACAUUCAAAGACACUAAGAAACAGACAAAACCAAAGACAUUUGACCAUGAUGAGACAGAGACAGUGUCAUCUCUUUCCCCCCAGAUGAGCUCAAGGAGUGACAGCUGCAGACAUUGUUUAUCUGCCUGGUCUUCAACAAGCUCCUUCAAGUUUCUGCCACAGAAUCACGUACCCUCUAGUCCUACCCACAACACCCCGUGCCAUGCUAAAGCUGAUAGCUGCAAUGUAAGCUGCCAGACAGUUGAAUCAUCCCUCAUUCCCUGCGAUGCUUGCCAUCGAACGCAGUCUGUUUUGAGAAAGACAGGAAAUGCUUUGGUAGAGCUGUUUCAGAGUGAAGGGCUGCCCUCCUCUCUGCAGCCGCUCUUAGCUGCUGUGGAGGACACCCUGGAGCUGGGACAUAUGACAGCGGGGGAUGUCGCCCAGUGGGCCAACGAGCAGCUCCGGGACAUGCGCCGGCUGGCAAAACAUCUACAAGAUGUGCGGGGUACGGUGCAGCCGCUUAAAGACAGACUGGCGGCAGCAGAGAUGGAGCGGGAGAGAUUCAGGUCUCAGUUGGAAAAAGUGAGGAAAGAGUUUAAGCAAGCGACGGAAAAACACCAGGCGACCAUAGUCCAGCUAGAGUUUUCACUGAGAAAAGCACAGAGAUCCAUGAAAGAAACAGAGCAAAGGCUGCAAGAGGAGCAAGAACAACUCAAGAGAGAAACUUUGUCCUUGGAGGAGAGUAAUUCCAGACUGAGAAAGAAAGUAGCAGGACAGCAAGAUAUAUUACAAGCACUUGAAUGUGAAAAGAAUGCGCUGCAGGAUAAAGUGAAGUCCUUGCACAUAAAUGAAGAGGCCUGCUGUAAACUACGACGAAGGAUCCAGCAACUAGAGAGUCAAAUCUCUGAAACUCAAGUGCUUCUGGACAAAGAGAACGCCAAGUACCACAGCGCUUGUCGUCAGCAAGAGUCAAUGCAGGCAAAGCAGAAGUCUUUGUUGGAGAGAGUGGACGCUCUUGAUGAGGAGUGUGAACAGCUGCAGAGGGAGUUGGGAGAGAGGGAAGAGAGACAGGUCAGCCUACACAAUGAGCUGCAACAGAUGUCAGAGGAGAGGGACCAGCUACAGUCUCAGCUCACUCAACAGCAGGACUUAUGUUUAGAGCUCCAAAAGGAGAAGCAGGUAUUAGGAACAAACAUAAGCGAGCUAAGGAACAGUGUGGCUGAGCUGAAGGCAAAUGUUCAGUCCUUAAAGGAGAGAGAGAGGCUUUUGGUGGCGUUCCCGGAGCUCAGCCCCCUGCCUCAGGCCCAACCACAGAGUACAGGAAAUGUGCUUUUGGAUAUGGAGCAACAGCUGGAGGCAAACAGCAUCCGUAUAAAAGUUCUGGAGAGGGAAAAUGCUACCCUGCACAGCAGCCUUGAGAAGCUGAGAGAAAGAGCACAACAUAAUGCUGCAAGGGAAGCUUCACCUCAGCAAACAUGGAGUCCCUCUCUUCCCACCACGCCAGUGGCCAAACAACAAAAUCACUUGACACUAAUGCAGAGCAGUCCACUGCAGAGCAGCAGUGCGGCACAACUGGGACACAGUAACAGAGGGAAGGAAGCGGGAGGAGGAGAAAGUGGUCUGAAGUCAGCCGGGUCAGAGGAUCGUGUGUACACUAAUGCCGCCUCCCCCUUGUCCCCACAAAUUCACCUUCAAACCCUCCACUUCAACAAUCCACACUCUACUGCUGCUAAAGGCCGCACAAAAACACGCAGCGCCCCUCUCCUCUCUCACUCCAGAGGCCUAAAUCAGAGGAGAAAAUGAAACACUGAGGGUGUGAAUGCAUUCAGACAGUUUUACAGGCGAAGAGAACACAACUGUGUAUAAGGAUUUUUGGCAACAACUUUGUGGCUAAUUUAUUAUUUUUUACAUGUCAAUUUGCUAUGGUACAUUAUACUACACUAAUGGUUUUAUAAUUUUAUAUUGUCAUUUUCAUUGUGUACACUUACAGUGGACUACCACUGCUACCGCUGCAUCUCUCAUUAUGUGAAGUUGAAUAUGUAAUAAACUUACUGUGGAUAUAUAA